AUUUAAUUGCUCAAGGAGCCGAAGUCAAUAUUUUUUUGAAAAAAAAAUUAUCACCAUUUCAUCGAUGCACACCUCUACACGUUGCGAUUAAUCACGCAAAUUUGGAAGUGACUCAGUUACUUAUAAAAAAAAAAGCCAACGUCCAAAUUUUCACAACACAGAAUAAAAAACCACUCGAUCUGGCGAUCCAACUAGGGAACAAAGAAAUAUUUAAAUUAUUGGUUGACUCCGGAGCUACUGUGGAAAUUUCUUACAAAGAUAUGAGUCGAUUACAUUGGGCAGCAUAUCACAAUUCAUUGGAUAUCGCUGAGUAUUUAUGUUCCAUAGGAGAUGAUAUUAAUUUUAAUUGUCUCCGCAGAUUGUCAGACUUUUAUCAGUAUACUCCAUUACAUAUUGCAAUUCAGCAAGGAAGUUUCGAAGUUGCUCAAUUCCUACUUAGUAAACGUGCCGAUGUUAACAUUUGUGGAAAAAAUGGCGAAAAACCGCUUACAAUUGCCAUUGAAAAAAAAAAAUUUAAAACUAUUUCAGUUACUCUUAAAUGCUGGAGCUAAAAUACACGAUUGUUCGGAUAAAGAUAAAGAUAUACCUCCACAUAAAGAUCCACUUUUACAUCAUGCUGUUGCUGUAAAAAGUCAUUGCGUUACAAAAUUUUUGCUCAAACGUGGAUUUAAUGUUGAUGGAAUAUGUGAUUGUCCAGUGUCUAAAUAUUUAGAUUGCACGCCGCUGCAACUUGCAGUCAGCACAGAACAUUUAAUAAUCGUAAAUUUAUUACUGAAAUAUAAAGCAAUUGUUAAUAAAAACACUAAAAAAUUAGGAUCAGUCACUGGAAUAGCUGUGGAUCGGAGUAAUUAUAAUUUGUACAAGUUGGUAUAUAAUGCUGGUGUAAAUCUUGAUGAUCCCCUGAAUAUGACACUGUUACAUAGAGCUGUUGAUGCAAACAAUUAUGAUAUAGUUAAACAUUUAAUUGAUAGAAAAGUAAAUGUUAAUGCUAUUGAUAAAUCUGUAACUUCACAGUACUACGGAUGCUCACCAUUAUACAUUGCUAUAAAAAAUCAUAAUAAAGAAAUCAUAACAUUGCUUCUCGAAUACGGGGCAAAAGUUGAUAAUGAUGAGUUUAUUAAAACUCCCCUUGGUAUCGCCUGCGAGUGCGGUAAUUUUGAAUUAGUCCAGACAUUUGUCAAGGCAGGCGCUGACAUUAAUAAAAUUUCUAACAAAGCGAUGCCACUUUACUGGGCCGUUAGUAAACAAAACUUCGAAAUUGCCGAAUAUUUGGUUAAAUUUAAAGCUAAUAUUAAUAUUAGUUAUAAAGGCACGACUUUACUUCAGAAGGCAGUAGAAAGUGGUAAUACAAAAUUAGUUAAGCUUUUGCUGAAAAAUGAUGUUGAACUAGAUGCAAUUAAUGAUUCAGGUGACACAGCUCUUAUCGUAGCUGUUGAAAUAGAUCAUUUGGAAAUGAUAGAAAUUCUAAUCGAUGCCGGAGCUACGGUGAAUUCAAGCAAUGAAACAAUUUAUUCACCAUUACACAGGGCCGUUCAGCGUAGCAACUAUAAUAUCACUCAAUAUUUAAUAAAAAAAAAAGCUGAAAUUAAUAGUAUUCGCUUUAGUAAAACGCCACUGAAUAUUGCUUGUUACAAUGGGAGAAAAGAUAUAGCUGAGCUUUUGAUUAAAAAUGGAGCUAUCGUUGAUGAUGAAAGAGUAUAUAUGACAGCUCUCGGCAUAGCUUGUGAGCAGGCUAAUUUCGAAUUAGUUGAGUUAUUAGUAAAAUCUGGAUCAAGUGUUGAUCUUCGUUCCGGUGGUGCGACUCCGUUAUAUUGGGCGGUUAAUUCGAAAAAUUUCAGAAUCGUUAAGUAUGUAAUUGAUCGGGGAGUUGGAGAUAUUGAUGCUGGUCGAUGGGGUACUAGUCCACUAUACUUAGCAAUUAAAAAUCAAGACCUAAACAUAGUUGAAUUCUUAAUUGAACACCGAGCUACAGUUAAUAAAGUGAUUGAAAAUGGUACAACAGCCCUUGGAUUGGCUAUUAAGACUCGUAAUUUUAAAUUAGUUGAAUUGAUAUUACAUGCUGAGGAUAUAGAUAUAAAUGCUCUGUGUUACGAUAAUCUAACGCCAUUAGAAGCUGGAAAACAGGCAAACCUGUUGAUAUUGAAUCUUUUAUUAGAUGCUGGAGUUGACAUUAAUCGUGUCAAUGAAACCAAUCAGAUAUCGAAUAUCUCCACAAAUUGUGAGAGAAAUAAAAAUAUCAUUAUAAAACAUAUGAUUAAAUUGAAGGCCGCUGGUUGUUAUUUAAAUAAUGAAAAUAAAAAGGCAAUCAGAUGCACAGAAGGAUCAGCCGAUUUUCAUUCUGAAUGUUUAAAGGAGCUCAAGAACAUGAAGAAGUCGAAAAUUGAUAAAACUAUCAUGAAUUAUUACCAUAUCAUGCGAAAGAACUUCUAUGAAAUCGCGUUAAAAUUAAAUAACUUUAACAAUGAAACUUUAAAUGAACGAGAGUUGCAGUUACAAUUCCCUUUGUAUGGUCGGAUACUUUACUAUCGUUUAGUUAAAAGCUUACAAAGAAAGAAAUUAUCAAACAUAAGCAAUAAUGUAUUUGGUACAUAACUUGCUGGUCAACUGUCGUUCGACAUUAUAAGAGCAAUCCUUAUUUAAAUAAUAGAGACCUCUAAAUGUUAUCUCAAUGCUAAAAAGUAAUUUUUUUUUGUUUUUGUCCUUA